GGUGUGUCGAUUCUUAUAACCAUGGCCGCCUCUCCUGCCUCCCUACAGUUACGGUUGAAGAGUUGUCAAAUCUCUGGGAGGGGAAUACACACGACAGCGACAGCCAGAGGGAAAACGAGAAUCCAUGAAUUCCAGAACAACAACCAGUUCAACAUCGAAGUCGAAUCGGUAGUCGAAUCGGUAACUGGAUAUCGGUCCGGUCAACCAUACAAUGCAACGGCCAUACACAGUCAUUCGAAGCACCACGUUCCUUAUUGUCCCGCGACAAGACUACACCGGUCUACUCACGGAUCGAACAACUUUGAGGACAGCCGCAAUCACUCUUGCGGACGGUGUUAAAACGCAAUUCUCCUACGAGCAGCAUUUCUCGACCGGAACUUCGGACGCCGCAAACCAAGAACCAGGGCCAUCGUCCGGGCUCAUCAUCGGAUUGAGCGUUGCGCUGCCCCUACUCUUCAUCAUGAUUUCUGCGCUGGUCUACUUCGUCUUCCGCCGACGACGCCGACGGAUGCAAGCUGCCAGAGCUCGAGAAAGCCAAAGGUCUUCAACAUCGAAGACCAAUAAACAAUCUCCCAACUCAUCAACCAACUCCAGUUGGCGGUCCUCCGACUCCUCUUCGCCACGGUAUCCCCGCAGCGCCUCACCACCUCCUCCCACAAUACACCUCUCUCCAGUGCCAGAAGCCCGGGGCCGAGCAAAAUUGGUAACGAUAACCAGUAAUCGACCAGCCCUGCUUGACCGGAUUCCCAAUCGCAGUGACCCGGGCACUCCGCUCGCCGAACUCGAAUCUCCCGGCUCGAUAACCGAUGGCGGCGACCGGCUCACCACGAUGUCGACACUCUUCAAUAACCGCAGAUGUACCCUCCCGCCGCUUCAAAACAUCCACAUCGAGCGCGCCAACACACGGCGCUCCUCCGUGCAAAUGCCCUUCACCCCCAACUCGAUCCAAUCACGACCGCACAGCCCCGACAUGGUCAGCGCCAUGGCGGCCUCCCUCCAAUCCUCGCCACUCGUAGUACCUCGGCCGCGGUCCUCCUCAUUCAACUCUGGCCCUCUCUCACCCACCCACUACCUCCCCCCACAAUCCCGCAGCCCAAGCAACCUCUCCCGCGGCUCACUACUUUCCGCGCCCUCUAAGACCCCGCCCAUCGCGUCAAUGUCCACGGGCGGCAGCAGCAGCAGCGGCACCUCAUCCACCCCCCUCCAAUCCUCGUCCACCAGCGGGCACUUCUCAUACGGCUACCAAUCAGAGUACCCAGAAGUGUCUGGGCCGCCCCAGCCACCGAUCCCACUGGGUAUCGAUAAUCGACAGAAGGAGUUCCGGCUGCUCGCCGAAGAGGAGCGGCUGAUCCGUGAGCGCGUCAGGGCUACAGAGGAGCUCAUCCGCCUCAAGAAUGAGGAGGCGAGGAUAACACCCACCCAUCCUACACGGCGACGACGGCGGCAGGGCGGAAAACCAAAGCCUAUGAAAACCUCUCUCCACCGGUUGCAAGAGCGACUCCAGAUGGCGAGCGGAGCCAUCGCGUUGAUUACCCGCGCAGGGCAGCGAGGCGCGCCCACACAGUAGAGGAAAUUCCAGCUGUAGUAACUACCAACAACGAUGACUUCAGGUAGAGGGGGGGCUUUGGGAUGUUUCCUACACAAAAAACAUAAAAAAGACAUCCCUUUUCGUUUCUAUUGUACAUACUUGAUCCGAUUAUGAGUUGAAAGAAGCACUCCAAAUGCAAUGCAUUCGUUCCUGCCAUCUGCAGCUGUUCCCUCCACUCCCGCAGUAUUCCAUGGGGGUCAGGGGUCAGGUCAAGGUGGAGGGUGGGGAAUCGCUGGUUGACCGGCGAUGGACCAACAGUUGGCCGGCGGUGGAGGUGGUGGUGGCAGUGGUGGUGGUGG